UUUCACUGUUCACAGUUCCUGAGAAGUAAGUCGACGUUUUACACCCGUAAGUAGCCAUGGCCGAUACUGCCGCACCAGCAAAGUCCCCAGUCAAGAAGAAGGCCGCAAAGCCUAAGGUGCCUGCUGCCCACCCCAAGUACAUUGACAUGAUCAGCGCUGCCGUUGCAUCUCUGAAAGAACGGGGUGGCUCAUCCCGACAGGCCAUUCUUAAGUACAUCAUGGCCAACUACAAAGUGGGCAACGAUGUUAACUCUAUCAACGCCCACCUGAAGAUGGCCCUGAAGAAUGGUGUCAAAAAGGGUGCUCUGAAGCAAGCCAAGGGCACAGGCGCUAGUGGCUCUUUCAAACUUGGAGACAAACCCAAGACCGAAAAGAAGCCUAAAGCCAAGAAAGUUGCCAAACCCAAGGCAGCCAAGCCCACAAAGACUCGAUAG